AUGUUUACAUUGCUGGCAAGCCUCCAGGUCAGCGUACAUCCAAAGAUCAACCACAUCACAGAAAACGUAAUUCAAUGCUCAAAAGGAGGGGUGACCAUACAACUGCUGCAAACACAAGAUAGACUACAGGUUUGCGCUAAUGAGUACUGUGUAGAAAUAGACCAACCUUAUGAAAACGUCAGAGUGCAGUUUCCUGCAGAAGUUACAAUUCAUUUUUAUCACGUAAUGGUCAAAACAUUGCUUGGAAAUUCCACACAAACAUUCCAUUGGGCUUGCUCCCCAAGCCCAUUCUGUGAACAGAUCACCUGUACCUCUGAUCACUUCCGGAAUGUUGGCCACGUUUGCCUUGCUUUCCACGGUGCCAGGAAACUAUGCAGAUGCUGCACAAAUAUAGGGAGCAGACUCUUCAUUUCACAGAAACUGUGUUUUUCACAAAGGCAUUUCCAACGACGUCACUCGAACGAAUACGUACCCUUGGUUGAAGUCAACAGUGACAGUAACAGAAAACGGAGAACCUCUACUUUCACUUGGCUAUUAGCGAUAAGUACCAUCGCCCAAACAGCCGAAGGAUGUCAACAGGUCGCACUUGUCCAGUCUUACAUCAACCAGUGCAGUUCAAUGGCUCAUAACUGUACCAGUACCACAACUGUCAACGCCAAAUUCAACUCCAUGCAAUCGGAAUUGUGUUUACAGGUCACGCAUGACACUCUUCAAGUGCAACUGAUGAAAAUUACUGUAGAAGAAGUUGUCCUACGAUGUCAAAAGGAGACACUCUAUUUCACUCAAAUUACAGAAACUCGAGUUCAAUCCCGCAAAAGGUGCCCACAUAUGGGGACCUGUAGAGGACCGAAAUCUGCUAGCAUUUCAACGGAUAGUCUUGUCGAGGAACUCGACGUCGCUAAUAAUUUUGCAGGACUUACCUACUGCUCUGAGUCCUGUGGAGGAUGGGGAUGUUUCUGUGGUUUUCCGUCCUCAGGAUGCCUGUUUUAUAGGAUUUAA